GAUAGUUAGGGGAACAUAACUAGAAGAGGAUUAACGUCCUAGUGGUAAGGCUUGCAAGUGCUAGUGGGAGAGUCAAACUAAAGUUGCAGGCAGAGAGGGAGCCAGAAUGACAGAACAAAUAAUGGAGGGGGUUAAUUGAAUUGAAUUGGCUUUAUUACUUAUAUCCUUCAUAUACAUGAGGAGAAGAAACAUUUACAUUACGUCUCUGACUAAAUGUGCAAUGUGCAAUUUAUAGUCAUAAUAAAUAGUGUGUACAACAGGCAGUCAACAUAACAUAGAGAUACAGGAUGAAUCAGGAUGAAUUAGUCAGUCUGAUGGCUUAGUGGAAGAAGCUGCCCCAGAGCUUGCUGGUCCUGGCUUUGGGAUGUCUGCACCACUCUCUGCAGAGUCCUGCGAUUGAGGGAAGUACAGUCCCCAUACCAGGCAGUGACACAGCCAGUUACAAUACUCUCAAUUGUAGCCCUGUAGAAAGUUCUUAGGAUUUAGGUCCCUAUUUCAAACUUUUCAAUGCUCUGAAGUGAAAGAGCACUGUUGUGUAUUUGUCACCAGACAACCAGUGUGUAUGGAACAUAUAUUAUUAUAUUGUAGCCAUUACAGGAACUUGGCUCCAGCCAACAGUCUGAGGAAUUUAGAGCGACAAAUUUUUCUCUAGUGAUCGCAGACUAUGCCAAGAAACAAAGCUUGAUAUAUUAAGUGAUUUUAGUUUUCCAUAUAUUGACUGAGACUCCUAUACCGUAAAAGGGUUAGUUGGGGUAGAGUUUGUCAAAUGUGCCCAUAAUCGGAAUGUAGAAUUCCCAAUGUAGAAAUGUGCAAUAGGCUGUUAGGAAAUGAUCUAGGGCUGGUGACACAGAAUAGUGCUCAUAAUGCCAUGAGAUUCCAAGUAAUUAUGGAAAAAGAGAGGUCUGGACCACGGGUUGAGAUUCUAAAUUGGAGAAAGGUCAAUUUUGAUGGCAUCAGAAAGGAUCUGACAAGUGUGGAUUGGGACAGGCUGUUUUCUGGCAAAUGUGCACUUGGUGAGUGGGAGUUCUUCAGAAGUGAAAUUUUGCAGGUGUAGAGUUUGUACGUGCCUGCAAAACUAAAAGUAGAAAGGUAACUGGUGCAGGGAACCUUGGUUUUCAAGAAAUAUUGAGGCCCCGGAUAUUUUGUUCCUCUAAAUACUUUAGACAGUUGGGUGCUACCAAGACUCAGUAAUGACUGCAAUAUCGUAAUUCCACACCGUGAGCUCAUCCGACAAUUUUUUCAGUUGUCUUCUCUUGGUUUUUAAAAGCUUCCCAAUAGUUUCUGCUCUUUUGUUUGCCAUCUCUUUGGCUUUUAUGUUGGCUUUGGCUUCUCAUUUCAGCCACGGUUGUGUCCUCCUGCCUUUCCAAUGCUUCCACUUCUUUGGGAUGUGUCUAUCACUCAGCUCCCGAGUUGCUCCCAGAAACUCCAGCCAUUGAUGCUCCAUCGUCAUUCCUACCAGAUUCCCCUUCCAGUCAGGUUUGGCCUGCUUCUCUGUCACAGAAACGUGGAGAAGUUAGACCUGUGGUGAGAGAUUUAUUGGAAGAAAAACCCCAACUGGAGGCAAACCACGACUGAAGACGAGGGAACAGCAACAAGUGAACCAGCCCGAGGACUGAGAGCACCGACUGGAGAGAAACCAAUAUGACUCGGAGAUUCCAGUGAUUCAGUCAGGAGAAUGUUUGGUUAAAAUCGACAAGGAAUUUGUCUAUGGGAAUUCAAACACAACACACCAGUUGUGCUGUCUCUGUCUAGAUAUUUAAGGAGCAAGUGAUUCAAUCCGCCAUCCUUCCUGUUCAGACAGUGGGGAGGGAUUCACUCGGUCAUCUGACCAACUGGCACGUCCGUCAUUUUACACAGGGGAGAGACCGUUCACCUGCUCAGACUGUGGGAAUGGAUUCACUCAGUCACCUCAACUGAAACUACAUACUGGGCAAGGCCAUUCAUCUAUUCUGUGUGCGGGAAGGGGUUCAGUCGGUCUUCCCACCUGUGGACACAGCAGGCAGUUCACACUGGGCAGAGGCUGGUCAUCUGCUGAAUUUGUGGGGAAGGAUUCACUCAGUCAUCUGGCCUAAUGGCUCACCAGGGAGUUCACACCGGGCAGCGGCUGUUCGCCUGCUCAGACUGUGGGAAGGGAUUCACUUGCUCAUCUAAACUGAAGGUACAUCAGCGUGUUCACACUGGUGAGAGGCCGUUCACCUGCUCAGACUGUGGGAAGGGAUUCACUUGCUCAUCCACACUAAAGGCACACCAGCGAGUACACACAGGGGUGUGGCCAUUCACCUGCUCUGAAUGUGGGAAGGGAUUCAGUCAGUCAUCUGAUCUACAAAAACACCAGCGAGUUCACACUGGGGAGAGGCCAUUCAUCUGCUCGGACUGUGGGAAGGGAUUCAGUCAUUCAUCCACCCUACACAGUCACCAACGAUUUCACACUGGGGAGAGGCCAUUCACCUGCUCAGAAUGUGGGAAAGGAUUCAAUCAUUCAUCCACCUUACAGAGACACCAGCGAGUUCACACUGGGGAGAAGCCAUUCACCUGCUCAGAAUGUGGGAGGGGAUUCACUCAGUCAUCUGAUCUACAAAACCACAAGCGAGUUCACACUGGGGAGCGGCCAUUCACCUGCUCAGUCUGUGGGAAGGGAUUCACACAGUCGUCCAAACUAUUGGCACACCAGUCAGUUCACACUGGGGAGCGGCCGUUCACCUGCUCAGACUGUGGGAAAGGAUUCACGCUGUCAUCUAAUCUACUGAGGCACCAGCGAGUUCACACUGGGUAGAGGCCGAUCACCUGCUCAGUCUUUGGCAAGAGAUUCCCUCGGCCAUCUCCACCAAAUGUGCAUGAUUGUCAAGUCAAACUUGAGUUUCAGGAAGGUAUCAAGGAAGAGCAAGAAUUCACUGGCAGAGAGGACGGAACCUACUGCCUGAGGGCGGUUUCUGCCCAGAACAUUUGGGCGGACCCCGCAGCGUCACAGUGGCAGUCCGAGAGCAGCGUCACAACCCGCGGUAAGAUGCCGAACUUUAAAUAAUUGUUGAGACUGUUUCAGGGAAAGGAACACUGCUGUCACUUCGUUUGGGUGAACUCCGCCAUCGGGAUCAUCGC